AUGGACUACGUCCUGGGCGUGCUGUACGCCACGAAGCGGUAUGAGCCGCUCGACACGUCGAGAGUGCACCCCGGUGGCUCGGCGCGGCGCCGAGGACAGUCAUCGCUCUUGCAUUCCACUGCAUUUGCGAUGAACUCGGUGGCCGGUGUGCCGGUGAUGCCCGACAUCGUUGGUGCCGGUAGUGACAACGACAACGAUCACACCACUACUGCCGCGGAGUAUCUUCUCACCCCCAAGGCAGAUAGCACCAACCGCACAUGGGCAGUGCCUGUGUCGGUUACUGCGAAGGCCACACCGCCCGUCAAGGAAGCAAAUGCCGUUGAGUCUACGUUCCCGCUCAGGCGUGGCGGAAAUGCUGAGACAGAGCCGCCCUCGUUGCUUCUUCCGCCACGCACGCCUACACUAGGUGUCGACCGCGCCCCUGUGAUGACACUACCGCUGCACUUGCCAGGCUCCCGCCGUCGCUCGUCGUCCCUGAAAGCCAGUGGCAUGCUGCCCUUGCCUACGGCUGCGGCUGACCACACGCUUUCUUUCUCUCGUGAGGGCUCUGUGCUGAGCCCGUUAGUCCCGGGCGUGUCUACACCGGUUAUCACCAGUGACGCAGUCCACAGCGCGACCGGUGGAGGCGGUGGCCCAACAGCUUCUGGGGGACGCCCCGCUAUUCGGCCGCAACGACUAGAGUACAGUGUGCCCACCAAGGUGAUUGCGGGUAAGUACGUGCUGCUGUACCUCCCCCCGCCUCACCGGGCAGGCGAGACGUCCGCUGCGGGGUUGUGGGGCAGCGUCGGCGCUGGCAGUGCUCCGUUCCUUAGCUCCGGUGGCGCUGCUAGCGGUGGCGGUGGCGCCGGUGCCAGUGGCGCGCGCGCGCACCAGACAUCGGCACUGCUGCAAAGUCCUCAUAUGGAUCCUUCAAAGCAGCGCCUAGGCUCCAGCACGUCGUCCUCUUCGUCCUUCAUGACCGGUGUGAGUUCUCAUACACUGUCCACCGGCAGCGGGCGGCCAAACUUCUCCGCGCCAAUGAGCAAGUCCGUCGACCCUUCAGCAUCCACGUCGACGGCGACGGUUGGCGGACACCACCUCAGUAAUCACCAUGCCUCGCACAGUGGUGCUGGCGGCGGCCCAGGCGCGGCGGCUCGGCAGGCCAUCGUGCGCGCUGCUGCUGCCGCUGCGAGCACGCAGCAGAAGGUUCUCCUCUUCUACUGUCUCCUUCUGCAUGGCCUGGCGCACCAGAAGCCGAUGCAGGAGGAGACCAGCGAGCCGUUCCUGGAGGGCCGCGAUGCCAUGAACCUGGCAGCCACAGGGCCGGUUCCCGUCGCCGUUUUGGAGCUGCAGUACACGACAGAAGGACCAGUGCGCAGCAACCCGGGUGGGACGUCGAGCACUUCAACCCUUGGUGGUAGCGUUGGCGCUCCUGCGGGGGCGGACGGACACGGCGGUGUCGCGUUGAUCUCUCCCGGGGCCACCGCGGGCGGUGAUGUCGGUGUGGGUAGUGCCGCUUCUCCGCCGCCCAGCGGCACCCGCACGCAAGUGUAUAGCCCUUUGCCAGUGUCCUUGUCCCCUCACAGCGCCCCUGACGGCGUACGCGGAGUCUCGAUGCAACCUGGUGCUUGCUUCAGCGGUGGUGGCCACCUGCCAACCACCACCUCCGGUUCGGCUUCUCCGCGCGCAUCUUCCGCCAUUCCUUUGCUCCACAACGUCGGCGACCCUUUUGUGGCGCGGUCUGAGACUUGCGCAGACGAGGGCAGCGCUACAGCUGCGGCAGUCUUGCGCGAGUUGUUGAGAGGCAGCCUCAGCAAUGAUGACGUGGCGGCCACGCAGCGGCUCAGCUCAGUCCUGCGCCACCUCCUCGAUGGCCAGCCGGACGUGUGGCUUAGCCCCGACAACAUUGCCUUCGACAGCGAGAUAACGCAGAACCCGUACUAUGGCGGGUGGUACUCGGUGGAGAGCAACGACGGCUAUCGGCGAGUCAUGCAGAUGUGCAACAUACAGUCCUGGCCGACCGUAGUGCUCGUCGACCCGGCUGGCAACGUCGUGACUGUGGAGGCGCUGCAGUACAUGGAGAAGGAGCUGGCACGCUACAUCGAUGAGGUCGACGCCAGCGUCGCAAGGGCGUCCGCACUACGUGCUGCGGCUCCCACCACUUCCCCCAUCACGGCGGCCGCAUCACUCGCCACCGGCGCGGGGAGCGCAUCGACGUCUGCAACGGCGAGGGCAUUGAUGAGUGCGUCGUCUCCUUCGCCGCAGGCCAGCGAGGCCUCGCAGCAAGCGCCCGCUGUCCCGCCACUUCCUCAAUACAGGGUUGACAUCAUUGAACUGAACGUGACAGAGAAGUCGCCGUCGUCACCGCAGCCGCGCGUGCUACUCGUGGCGGAGUCGCCAGCAUUAUCGCCGUUGCAGGGCGUCGCCACGGCGACGGGUCGCUUCAACACGAAUCCUCUGGCUUCACACGUCGAGGUUGCGGCCGACGACGGCGACGCGUCCACUAGUGACUCCGCGCACACGCCAAAGAGGCGCAGCACAAGCUUAUUGGGCUCCACUGGCCGCCUUGAAAGCUCUGCCUCUGUACAUGACCCACAGAUCCCCACCGCCGAGCCCACCCCGGUGAAGGCGGUUCCCAUUACCGCGCGCUACGUGGCGGACAGCAGUGCGCACUCGGCAACGUCGACAGCGACACCAGCGACGGCAUCGAUAUCGGCAGUGACCGUAUCUCCUCUGCUCCCCAACGCGAGCAUGAGCAACAACGAGCUCGCUGCCGGCGUUCAGCAGGGUAUGAUGAGCCCCGGUCGGUCGGAGGAGAAGGACGAGCAGGGCGACGAACAAGGUGUGCUCAUCACCGAGCAGCCGUUUGACACUGCAAUGACGUCCCUCACUCGCUUCGCCACGGAUGACGACAGUGACGACACACGGCAGAAGAAUUCGCACAAGGUGUGCAAGAAAUCGAUCAGCCUCACAACCCAGCCCUUGUGCCACCUCUCGAUGCCAGCGCUGUACUGGAGUGCGGCCACUACAGCGUCCUCGGCGAACUUCUCCCUCAACAACGUAUGCAUGACGAAGGGCCACGCGUCGUUCCCCAGCUGGGACCCAAAGGCCUACGGAGGCGACGUCGCCGGCGUGCUUGCAGUGAGUGACUUGGACUCGGAAAUGGACAUUCCUAAUCAACUCGGCAAGACGGAGGGUAGCGGCACCCGGGUGUCCAAGGAUUCCUCGUCAUCUACCAGAGAAGAGGAGGGGAGGAUCAAGGCGCCAACUAUUCAAGUCCCGUUAGCAUCUGCGCUACCGCUUACGGAUGCCGUGGCGUCUAGCGCAGUGGCGCCUAUGAAGACCGCGGAGGGCUGCAUCGCAGCCGCGCCAGGGGCCCCGCCAAUUUCACCGUCCUCCUCGCCAGCGCCGCUGCCGAUGUUUUCCUCACGGUUUCCAUGGAAUCACGUGCUGGCGGAUCCGCUGACGGUGCAAGCACCACUGUCCUUGAUGACAGCUAGUGUAGUCACAGCCACCACUGCCGCCUCCACAUACGCACCGGAGGAGGACGAGAAUGUGCCCAAGGGGGACAAGGCCGUCUCGUCGCCGCCGUUGCCUUCCUUGCGUCCGUUCAGCCGUCGUGCGAGCGCAAUAACAUCACGCGGUGAGAGGCGACGUGGCGACGCGGAGGAUGGUAGAGAGGACUCGAGCGAUUUCGACCGAGCAACAGGAGCGUCCUCGGCUGGGGCAGCAGGCGCGCGAUGCUCGACCACGCCAUCUAGAACGCCCGCUGCGACGGCGGUGGUGCCAUCGUCCGCGGUGCCCCGGCACGCCGGACUCAGCAGCGCAUCGAACAGCAUCUCUGAGUCGCCGGCAGCUAUCGCCCUUUCGCACGACAACCUCUCUCCCCGGAGUGGUGGAAUACGAGGAGCGGGGGUAGCGCCGCUGACGUGGUCGGGGCGCCGCUUGCCGAUGCACCCGCUGCACCGCCUUGCCUUCUGCUCAGUGACAGGGCGCGAGGUGCGGGAACGGGCGCGUCAGGCAGCCAACGACACUGCCCUGUCGUCUUCAGAGCUUGGAAAGGCAAAUGGGCAGUCCAUCGCUGCGCCCGUGAUGCAGGAGGCCGUGCACCAGUCCAUGGCGGACGCCUCGAACGAAAGUCCCGUGUUUCCGUCCCUGUCGCUGGCGGACAGCGCCGAGGACGCCAGCGCGCGUCGCCUGCCCGUGCCCCGUGGUUUAUCUUGCCAGCCCCGGUCGCCGCUUCCUUCCACCCCGGCGCCACCGCAACCGUCACUGUCGGACGCCGCGACGCAGCGGAUCAUGGAACGGCUACUCGAGAACUGGCAGCGCGAGGUUGCAGUGAGGCUCCAUCAGUGCACGCAUCUCUUGAUCCUCUUCGGCGCUGACUGGCAUCCAGGAAUGCCGAAGUUUGUGCGCGCGGUGCGCCGCCUAUGCAGCGCCAUCAACCCGCCCCCAUCUGCAUCGGCCGGCGCACCGGCCUCCAGGAAAGGGUCCCACGGCGACGGCGGUGAUGUUGGGGCCUUGCGCGGAGGUCUGAGUGGCCUGAAGAUGCAGGGCUCCGACAGCCAGCUGAGCGCUGGGGACGAUGAUGUCGCCCCAUUCGCUUCAUGGAAAGGCUUCAGCAACUCCUUGAUGGACUGGGCCGGCGGCGGCCUGGUCGGCUUUACCGGUGGCUUUGAGGACACAAGCAGUCGCCAUGACAUGCGCAGCUUCUGCAGCUUUAUUCGCGCCGACGCUGACGGCGGCAGCGCAUCCGAGGAAGGGGCGUGCAUGGCAAGCGCGCCUCCUUCCGGUGAGGUGGGUGCGGUGACCGACAAAGGUGCCGCAUCGGACGCGGCACCUCGCCUGUGUGUGCAGGUCAUCUACGUCAGCGCCGAUGAGUCGCUGCAAGGCGUGUGCGCCGCCAUGGCGGAGAUGCCGGCGGACUGGCUCUGCGUCUCCCCCUUCGUGGCACGAAGUAGGCUGGAGCGUCAGCUGCAGAAGCACGCGAGUGAGAUGGCGCGCUGUAUCUUUCACGUCAAGUCCUUCCCGCGCAUGGUGGUCGUCGAGCUGCCCUCUGCACAGCAACAGCAGCAACCUACGAACGCAGGGUGCACGGCGGCCGUGCAUACCGGGGCCAUCAGCGCUGAGGACAGAGACGAGGUCGAGGACGAACUCGGCGACCCCGCUGGCACACUCACGGCCCUGUGCGACACCACCGUCAUAUCGCAGCAGCUGCUUGGGCAGCGGCUCUACGGACUUUGGAAGGUGGUGCAGCUGCACGGCGAGACGCACCUCUGCGCUGAUCCAGAGGGCAAGGGUUUUCCCUGGACUAGCGAGUCGGCUGAUGUGCUGCGCGUGAAGCAAGAGGAUGUGUCGGCCUUUUCGCGCGUGCGGCGGCAGAUGUUCUCAUCCUUUGCCAGUGGCUGUCGGCAGCCGCAGCAAGAUCUACUGCACACUGCUCUAUCUUCUCGUCCCUCGCCGCCGUCGAAGGUCAGCAGCCCAGUCGUGUUCGAAGAUGCGAAGCUUCUGCGUUCUCCCACAGAGCUGUUGAACGUGUCAGGUACAUCGACCAAGAAGGUGACUGCCGUCGAAAAGGAUGACUGGGUUGCCACCGCUGAUACCGUAUCACUGCACUACCCAGCGGAGCGCCUCUUCCCACCCAUCAAACCGUUCCUCGUGGCAGACGGUGAACUCCCAUCCCUGCUGGAGAGGGGCGGUUAUUUUGUCGUCCUCGGCGCGUUCGGCUCCGUCGACUCGCAGCUGCACCAACAGUGCGUCAACGCGCUGGAUGAGGUGCGACGGUGGUUUUACGCAGAGGUAGAGGCGCGCAAACAGCGUGCGUGGUCAGAGCCGGCGCAGCUGCAGGUGAUGGCGCCGCACGGCACGUACGCAACGUCUUUCACCGUUGGCGGGGACCGGGUGACCUUGUCGCCUGCGGUGUUUCACGCCACCGCAGGUGGCAGCACCGGUGUUGAGGAGUACUCAUUACCCACUCGCUACUCGCCGAGCAUCACGGCGGCCGCAACGCUGAGCGUUGCCCCUGGCGGAGCCGAUCUUGGCUCGGCUUCCGCGUCGCACCGCCCCGGCCACAGCAACUUCAGCAACCGUAGUGGCAGCGCGCCACUAUUCUUGGAAGAUGGCUGGUCGGAAACGCGCGCAGGCCUGUCACCCAAGCUUGCAGCGAUGAGCUCUCCGAUGCCCGGCCCCCUCACUCUCCAGCUGGAUUCUCCCGCGGGACUACACGGGCUUCACGUGAGCGGUGCCCGUUCACUGGCGAGCGCUGCCACCGCGCACAAACCCGCCGCUGCCGCUCGCCCGUUGCCGACAGUGUACUUUUAUGACUCGAUCCUCAGCCAUCCGCCAGCGCCUGACUCACCGUCAUCUGCGCCAGCGACGCACCACGGUGGUGGCGUGCCUGCGCAUGACGAGCUCGGUGUCGACGAGGAGGGUGGGCUGCGGGUGAGGGCAACUCUGCUGCGCCAAGCGUCACCUGCGCCGACCGGCACACCAGCCGAGGCUUUGCCUCAGCGGUUUGGCAGCGGUGAUGAGAGCACGGCGGCCGCCGCCGCAUCUUCACCCUCGAUUGCACCACCGCCGCGUGUGUUGGAUAACACCUCGGCUCUUCGCCGUCAACACGCCAAGGACCUGGCGCUCUUGCAGGAGUACAUCAUUGCGCCUAUUCUAGAGGCGGAUGAGAAGCAGCUGCCGGCGCGUGAGGGGGAGCUCUAUCUGGCGUGCAUCCGGUGGCCGCAGCGGACGAGCGCGGUGCUGCGGCGCCGCCUGGCCCCCGAGGGGCGGCCAAACGCCUCAGCCCAAGCAUCCUCCACGGGGAGUGCCGCGGGCUUGCCCGUGUCUUCGGUGUCGAGCUCCGCUGCCGGCGGCUCAGUGGGAGGAGGCACUUCGUCUCCCGCGUCUGGCAUGAACCCCACUUUGCGAAGUCUCACAUCUUCGCAGUCGUCUGGACAGGCGCAGCUGUUGCCGGAGGUAAUUACGCGUCGCUCUUCGACGCCGAGCGGUGCCUCCCCGCUGCCGAGCUCGCCGACAACGACACCGGUGCCUGGCAACGUCAGUGCAGUCGCUGCAGCUGCAACUAGCGGCGGCGGCAGUGCAUCAAGUCACAUCAUCACUCCGGCCAUGGCGCCUGUUGUGCUGCCACCCUCCUCCUCCUUUGUCGCGGCCAAUGCUGGCGGUGGCUCUGCAAGCGGUAAUGCAACUGGCCUGAGCUCCCCGUCUCUUGGCGCCACAAACCCGCAAACCUCGGCUGCCACGUCGCUGAGCAAUAUCAUUAUAGAGGAGGAGGGCAAGGAGGGGUCGCCCUAUUCGGACUCGACGCCGCUGGCCUCCGUAGAGGCCAUCAAGUCAUUCCUUUAUGAUAACGUUUUGCGCCUAAUGGAAUCCUGA